CCUGCCCAGCCCAGGAGUUGAGAGAGCAUCAGAGGGGUCCAGCCUUUCUCUUCAGCGAAAGGCUCCUGGCUCCCAGGAGCAAGGGGGGACUGCGGAGUGGGCCAGCCACCAGUGUCCACCCAAGCCGAGCCCCGGAGGAGGGGGAGGCCUCCUCCCCGCGCAUCUGGGGGAGAGCCCAAGAAGCCAAGUCCAAGGUGCCUCCGGGCUGAGCGCAGCAGGGUCCCCCCAGGCGCUGCGGGCACAGCCACCUGAAUGAAGCCUGCUGGGGAAGGGGGCCCUGCGUGCAGCAAGCCGGCUGGGGCAGAGUCGGUCGCCCUCCGGGGGAAGCGCUGAUUGCAAGGGGGCCCCCCUUCGUCUCGCCUUGGCCACACGGCUUCUCCUGGGGUCCCCAGUCCAGCGGACUCUCCAGGAUGGCGUUCCUCACGUUCCUCUGGAUGGGGCUCUUCUGGCACCUGUGUCAAGGCUACUUCGAUGGCCCGCUCUACCCCGAGAUGUCCAACGGGACCCUGCACCACUACUUCGUGCCCGACGGGGACUAUGAGGAGAACGACGACCCCGAGAAGUGCCAGCUCCUCUUCAGGGUGAGUGACCACCAGCGUUGUGCAGCAGCAGCGGGGGAGAAGAGCCAGGCCAGCCGCCUGCUGAGCCUCAGCCUGCGCGAGGAGUUCACGGUGCUGGGCCGCCAGGUGGAGGACGCCGGCCGCGUCCUGGAGGGCAUCAGUAAGAGCAUCUCCUACGACCUGGACGGCGAGGAGAGCUACGGCAAGUACCUGCGGCGAGAGUCCCACCAGAUCGGGGAUGCCUACUCCCACUCGGACAAGUCCCUCACGGAGCUCGAGAGCAAGUUCAAGCAGGGCCAGGCGCAGGACGGCCAGCAGGAGAGCCGGCUCAACGAGGACUUCCUGGGGAUGCUGGUCCACACCAGGUCUCUGCUCAAGGAAACGCUGGGCAUCUCCGUGGGGCUCCGGGACAAAUACGAUCUGCUGGCCCUCACCAUCCGGAGCCACGGGACCCGGCUCGGCCGGCUGAAAAAUGACUAUCUGAAAGUGUAGAGGGAAGGGCGCCCGCAGGGAGGGAGAGGGAAUCCCACCCGCUCCCAGGGGGAGACUGGCGAUGGGAGAGGGGGGGCGCGCACGUCCCUUAUCCUUAGGAUUGGUCGAGUCCAGUUUGGCACGUUGAAAACGAAUCUGAGUUCAUCUGAAACAAAAGUGAGAGCUGAAUGGUUUGGUGGGGUUUCCGUUUGUGUGGUCUAGUGUUUGCGCAUUAUUUAUGGGAUUGCUGUUAUUGAUUGGUCAUCUGGGAAGGACGAGGUAAAGCAAUGCCUCCCGCCUUGCCAAGAGGCCUGUGUCUCGCUGCAGAGACACCUAUUUCGGCCACAUCUAAGAGGACACCGUGUGUGUAUAUGGUAGGAACUGAUGGGACAUACGUUCCCAUCCUGGAGACUCUGGAAACAGGAUGGAGAGUGCUAUUCUGCUUUCCACAGCAGCCUUCUCUCCCGAUGAGCUCUGAAGGCGGCCAGGCGGCCUGUUUUCCCAAUGAGGUCCAAGGUGCUGCUCUGCUUGCCUGCCAGUCAAUGAAAACUGCCUGUUUCUUCUCCCUUUCGCUCUUAUUUAUUAGCCAUGGUCUCUGAGUUGUGUUUUUAUAAGAGCAUUUGGCUAGAAACUACGCAAAUUGACUUUGGAAGGGCAUGUCUGUACCUCUGUGGGUGUAUGUAAAUCAAAGCGGCCACAUGUGAGGAAUCUAAGUUUUGUCAGGCUUACAGACUCACCAUGAUGUGUGUGCUGAGCUACCGCCGAGUAACUCAUUGCUGUGUCUAUGCUUUGUCAUCAGUGCCAGAGUCCAUCACAAAGAAGUCCAUGGUGUGGGCUCACUCCCAAAUGCCUGUGAUGUAGGUCUCCGAUGUAUCGGUUCUCAUUGGGGAUUUUGCUUCUGCUCCUUGUUUGAAAGUUGUACUUCACCUUGGGGGAAUUCUAAGUUGCUAAUGACUCUUUAGCUAGGUUCUAUUAUCCAGUCAAUAAAUAUGUUCUCAUACA